CCUCGUCUGCCUUCCCCCUCUUCCUUUUCUUUCUUCCUCUCCUCCCUCACAGUCCUUCGUUUCGUGCUACUCUGUCUGUCGCGCUCGUUUCGCUACUUGCUUCUACACUUCAGUCAAUCUAACGUCUGUCGUUUCCUCGAUCCAUUCGUCAAGAUGAAGUUCAACAGCGCUAUCGCUCUCUCCUCCCUCCUGGCUCUCGCCGUCGCCCAGGACUCUUCCUCCACUACCAGUGCCGCGACGACCACUGCUAGCUUGUCUCCUCAGGCUUCCUGCGCCACCAAGUGCGCUGAGACGGACAUCUGCUGCAUCGCCAACUGCUACAGCGUUCCUUGCCCCGACAACGCCAUGGCCAACGACACCACCAGCUGCGUUGCCGCCUGCCCCCAGGGCUCCGGCUCCCCCAGCGACCAGCGCUCCUACGCCAGUUGCCAGAGCAGCUGCUACAGCAGCUACUUCUUCCCCGCCAGUGCCACGGGAGCGUCGGGCUCUUCCGCUACCACUGCCGGCUCCAACGACGCCAGCACCACGAAGAGUGGAAGCUCCUCUUCGUCGACCGGCUCCAACUCUAACUCCAAGUCUGGCUCCUCCGGAACUAGCACCGCAACUGGCGCUCAUGCCAGCAGCACCGAGAACGCCGCUGCUGUUGCGCAGCUCAAGUUGGGCGUUUCCGCUGCUGGAGUACUUGGAUUCGUCCUGGCUGCUUGGGCUCUGUAAAUGAGCUAAAUGCCAGGUCUUGAUCGAUGACUACAGUAUGAAGGGGGGGAAGGGGAGAAAGCUACCUGUCUACUGCACACUAAAUCCAGCGCUUGUGUUAAUAUGAUUGAUUGAUUGAUUACGGGAAUUUAGCUAAUAUGGGAACUUGUCACAACUACUAUUACCUGUUUAUCUUAUCUUACUCAUGGGGUUAAUAACUAACUUGAUUGCUACUAUUUGCAUGGCUUUCACUUGAUACUCCGAAGAUUAGUAUACCGACCAACUAAAUUCUAUUGAUUGAUCACUCGUCCUUUUCCACCUAUCAUACCAGACUGAUUUUCUAUACUAGCACUCAUAUAUUUCAGUGGUAUGUUUUUUUUCACUUACAUGGCAUUAAUCCACCUCGAAAGAACCCACUUAGAUUGAACCACCACCAUGUACUAUAAUUUCCCAG